GGCUGGAGAGUUGUCGGCGCCGCUCGGCAGCGCGGGGCUGCGGGAGGCGAGAGCCGGGCGCCCGCUGCCGCCGCCGCCGGCCGGGGAGCGCCGGAGCCGAGCCGGGCAUGGCCGCGCCGGGCUGAGCCGAGCCCGGGGCGGCGAGCAGCUAUGCCGCCCGCGCGAGGGGAGCCGGGCGGGACGCCCGCCCUGGCAGCGGCCGGCAGCGCCUGAGCCCGCUCCGUGCCGUGCCCCGCGCGCCGCCAUGGACGAGCGCUUCAACAGGUGGCUGCUGCCGCCGCUGCUGGCGCUGCUCUUCCUGCUCAUCGUCUACCAGUACGUGUCGCCCGCCUGCCCCGGCGCCGCCUGCCCCCGCCGCCCGCCGGCCUCCGCCGCCCGGCGCGGAGGGGACGCGGCGGACGAGGAGGAGGCGGAGGAGGCGGCGGCGGCGGCGGCGCUGCCGCGGCUGGUGCCCAAGUUCCCGUUCGCGCGGGGGGAGCUGUGCCGCCGGGUGCGCUUCGACAUGCGGGGCCGCGACGUGAUCGUCUUCCUGCACAUCCAGAAGACGGGCGGCACCACCUUCGGGCGGCACCUGGUGCGCAACAUCCGCCUGGAGCAGCCCUGCUACUGCCGCGCCGGCCAGAAGAAGUGCGCCUGCCACCGCCCGGGCGGCGACAAGGACACCUGGCUCUUCUCCCGCUUCUCCACCGGCUGGAGCUGCGGGCUGCACGCCGACUGGACCGAGCUCACCAGCUGCGUGCCCGCCGCCAUGGAGCGCCGCGGCUGCGCCGGCAACCGCACCCUCAGGAACUUCUAUUACAUCACGAUGCUGAGGGAUCCGGUGUCACGAUACUUGAGUGAAUGGAAGCACGUCCAGAGGGGCGCGACAUGGAAAACUUCCCUUCAUAUGUGUGAUGGAAGAAGCCCGACACCAGAUGAGCUGCCUACCUGUUACGAGGGCGACGACUGGUCUGGAGUCAGUUUAGAGGAGUUCAUGGACUGCAGCUACAACUUAGCCAACAACCGCCAGGUGCGCAUGCUGGCAGAUCUCAGCCUGGUGGGGUGUUACAACUUGACUUUUAUGAACGAGAGCGAGAGGAAUAUGAUUCUUCUCCAAAGCGCCAAGAACAAUCUGAAAAACAUGGCCUUCUUUGGCCUCACCGAAUUUCAGAGGAAAACACAGUAUCUCUUCGAGAGGACAUUCAACCUGAAGUUCAUUUCCCCUUUCACCCAGUUCAACGUUACGCGGGCCUCCAAUGUGGACAUCGGUGAGGAUGUGCGGCAGCGGAUAGAGGAGCUGAACUUCUUGGACAUGCAGCUGUACGAAUACGCCAAGGACCUGUUCUUGCAGCGCUUCCAGUACUCCAAGCAAGAGGAGCAUCAGAUGAACCGGCUAAAGAGGCGAGAGGAGCGGAGGCUGCUGCGGGAGCAGAGAGCUCAUCAGUGGCCAAGGGAAGAGGUGGCAGAAGUUGCCGUUACUGAAGAUUACAAUAGCCAGGUGGCAAGGUGGUGAUGCUCCUCCAGCUUGACUAACCCAUAAGAGGAUCAGAGGCUCAUACUUUGUGUAACUUGGCUACCUGAAAAUCAGCCAAGGAAGGCCAACCGCUUUGGUAAAUGAGACAGCAUCUGACAGCUACCCUUCCUUGUCUCAGUUUUUCUUGGUUUCUGUCAGUGAGGAGAACAUUUUUUUUUUCUAACUAGGCAUUAAUAGUGUUAUUAAAUAGCAGUAGAAUAGAUUCCUAUCCAAACAGACUUCCUGCAAAGCCCUAAGCUAUGAGAAUGGGUUGAAGAGAAAGCUAUAUCCACGACAUUAACAGAUGUAACCUAUACAAUCUGAGCUACCAAACCUUGUGCAGGCAUGAAUCAAAAUUGAAAAAAAAAAAAUAAUCUGUUUUGGUUCCUCUGUGAUGUGCGAGCUGGUUUAUUUAAUAUUGUCCUUUGCAACUGUAGUGUGUAGCUUUCUAGUGGAUGAAAUGGAGGUAAACAUACUGCCCUUCAAACUUAUACACGCUGUGUUUUGAUUAAGGAAAGCAUUUGCUGGGCUGAUUAAAAAAGACCUAGGAAAUGUGGGAUUGGUACAGUGCUUGUUGUUUUCUGUAAGCCCUCAGUCAGGGAUGAUUUGCAAGUGAAGUGGGGGGUUUAACUUAUUUUUCUGCAGAUGUUAAGAGUAUCAAACCCAGUCAGGUAGCAGUCAUCUUUCAGAGUGUGUGUGGCAAAGGGGAAGCCAGAGUGCAAAAACUGAGAAAUAAGGUAGGUCCUCACUGAAGCUGCGCACACAUUGCCCAUAUUACCUGCCUGUCGGCAAUGAAAUAAGCCUUCACAUUCACAAAAGGUGAAGAGGGGCCCAGCAAACUACAGGGAAGAGGAAAGAGAGAGCAGGAAAAGCUUAAAUAUUAGUGUGACAUUAUCCAGAUUUGCUUUAAAAGCCUGGAGAUAUAUUGUCUGUGAAGAUAGGCAGGUUUAUGAUAUAGUCUGUUAAAGUACAUUGAUUCCAAGUGAACACAAUUUAAAUUGGUUUUCUCUCUAACUAUGGUAGUGGCUACAACAUAUUAAAAAAAAAAAUCAGCUUUCAUUUUUAUAGGAUAAAUAAUAGAUAUGUGGAAAGACUUGAUAUUUAUUACUCUGUAUGAAGAUUCUUUGUAAAUUUAUUGCUUUCAUGAAGAGAGAUCUGCAUCUGUUUUUCUUCCUUGUCUACAAAGAUUCAAUGGGUUCUUCCUCCACACAUUGCAUUCUUAACUGCAUCUAUUUAUUCUGAGAUUUUUUCUUGUUUCCAUUUGUGGUAGUGGAAUUUUAAAAAGAAGGUCCUUUGCAUCAUAGAUCUUUGAGAGAUUUUUUUUCCUUCUUCUUCUAGCAUAAAUCUAAAGCAUUAGGAGGAAAUUUCUCUAAGUGCCUCAAUGUGGCUGCUAAAUCAAGAUGCUGAAAGUAUAUUAUUGCAUGCAUGAAUGGCUUUUACCUUACAGAUUUGCUAAUUAGAGAUACUGGAGUACCUGAUAUGGAUGCACAUUUCUUGGUUAUUUUCAAAAUUCAAGGGUUUUAGCUAGUCAUUUUAAUGUGUUGCAGAAAACAAGGCUGAUUUUGAAACUUUAUCCCUUCAUUUCCAAAAUGUUAUUUUUAGUGCAUGCUGUAUCUUUUUUAGUUCCAACAAUGUUAUUGCUAUUUAUCUAUGCACAAUAUCAAAAACACGAUCUAACAAUCCUGUUGAGAGUUAAUGCAUACAAUAAUAUGUUAAACAUGGAACAUUGUAAAGAAUAUUAAGAAGUGAAGAAGGCUACUGGGACAAUGCCUCAUUAUCAAUGUAGUUUAUUAGCAAAGCGCUGCUUUACACCAGUGUGCUACUUUUGUGGUAAGCAGGGAGUUUGGGGCUCUAAUGCCUGUUCCCUUGGUGGAUCACAUGCAUCUCCUCCCACCUCUGCCUUCAGAAGGGAAAACACAGGGCAGCAGAGAGCCAUUCUGCUGCCCAAAUGUGGGAUGUCCAUCUCAAAGAAGACUCCCCUGACCGUUCUGACUGGAUCCCCACUGCCUUGAAGAGGCGCUCAGGCUCCUUUCUCACAUAGAAACACCUACGUUCAGAGGUUUGAACUGAAACUUUUACAGUCUGAGACUAAAGCUCACUCUGCACGUCCUGUCUGUGGGACAGUGGGGCCACUAAGAGCCAGGCUGGACCAGUACUCUUGCAUCUUUAGCACAGCACUGGCCCUGGCCCUGCAGAGGGCAGGAGGCUUCCUGCUGGUCAAACAUUCCUGGGCCCAUUGCUGCAUCUCCUCCUGUGCUUCAGAUUGUGUGGCGAGAGAGGGGAUGGGAGCCUGUGGCACCCCAUACACCAUGUCCAGGAUUUGUGGGUGCUUUUUUUGUCUCUGUGAGCACAGGGAGCUGAGGAUGCCAGAGGUGACCCUGGAGGGCCCUAUGGGUUGGGCAGGAGUCAGGGCUGCUGGUGGGCCUGUGGGAGAGAAACCAAGUGCAUGGAAUGAAAGAUGCAAGCUCAUACUUGGAUUAAGGAGGAUGAUAAACAAGAAAGCAGAAUCAGUCCGAGACCAUCUUUUGUUGUAAAGCAUCCCUAAGCACCCAAGAGAGUCCCUUUUCUCAUGUCCCUGCCUCUUUCCCCUACAGGCCACCUCUCCACACCGCUCACAGCAACAGGGUCCUCUUUUUUCAUUUUGAAAACACUGCAUUAUUUUUUCAGGAGAGAAGAGAGAGAGAGAGAGCAGAAAUUGUUCCCUGCAGCCUCACCAGUUGCUGUUAGUAUCAGUUUCAGCUCUCUAAGCACACCAACAGUUCUCCAGACUAUUCCUUCUGCAUGACACAAAACAAAACCUAAUGAGGAAAAUCAAAGCAGUCUUUGGGCGGUUUGCAUUAGCUUUAAUAGUUUGGCAAUACCUUAAUGUGAUGCCUAACCUUUUAGUCAGUCAUUUCCCAGGAGACGAGAUUAGGGUCCUGAAGAGCUGCUAAUGUGCUGUAGCAUCUAUGUUAACAGGAUUUGCCUUAAUGCUUGGGAUUUAUUUAAAAUUGAAGUUUUUUGUUGUGUGUGUGUGUUUUUUUUUUUCUUCUAUUUUCUUUUUUUCUUUCUCCUGGAGCCUGUGUAUCAUAAUUGCACUGGUUGUGCAGGAACGGGCAGCAAGCAUCUGGGAUCUUGCCAUUACCAAAGCCCACGGCUCCAGCAGCUCCCACCCCAGCUACAGCAGUAGAUUCAGCAAACUCCCUUCACUAACACUGCUGCUGUCCUUAGCAGAAAUUCUCUGCACAUCAAAAAUCAAGCAGUUUUAAAAUACUUUCAGGCUGACUUCUUCUAACACACAGGCUUGCAGCUUUUUCCUCUCGGGCACAGCACCCAAAAUAUUGUAGAGCAAAAGCAGCCUAAAAGCAGAAUAAAGGUUCACAUCUCUGUUAUUCCAGGUCUUCAUUGCUCUGACAGCACAGGCUUCCCUGUAAUUACAGUGUCUUGUUUAAGAUCAGAGAGCAGUGUGUUCCUUUUGAAACCUUCAUGAGCAGCGAUGCUAUAGGAUUUCUGUCCAUCUUCCUGGCAUUAUUUUGUUGCUUAAACAAGGCAAUUUGGCUUCUGCUACUGUGGUGCUGAAACAAAUCUCAUUCUUUUGUAAUGGAGAUGUACGUACUAAUCUCUCCCAUCGCAUCUUCAGCACUGGCUGCCUUUUCCAGUUAUAAUUUGCUGUAGGCUUGGAGCAGACAGAGAAACAUGCUGUGUUGUUAAAACGGGUUCCUGGUAAUUUGAUGUCUAGUCCAAGAACUUGGCCUAUUGCCUAUGGGCCGUACUUUAUUAGAGAAGGAAAAUUUGUCCUCUCUUCCCCAGUCAUCAGUGCUAACAAUAAAAAGCUUUUUCACCAUGGGGAAAGGGAAAAAAAGAUGGUUUCUUGUGUUUGGUAUUACUCACUGCAGUUGUGUUAACAAUGAGGUUGGAAUAGCCUUGCUAGGGCUUCUACCCAGUAUGUGGUAUUUAUCUGCAGUUCACUCAAAACAGAAGUAGAGAGUGAAAAACUGAAGGAAGUCAGAUCCACAGCCGAAUUCCUAACUUCAGUGUAUCUACUCAACAAAACCAAGUGGCGAGUCACAUCACCCUUCAGUCUGAAAGUGUUUCAGAGUGGGCAUCCUCUACCAGGAGGGUCUUGUUUCCUACACAUUUUCAAGAGGCUCAAGUACCAGUAACUGGGAGUGAGUGUGUGUUGUUGGGGCCCUUUCUCAAGUUGGCCUUCCUGUUAACACAUUUCAUUUGGCACUGGUGGGUUCUUGUGUCCAACAUCCAGUCCUCUACCAGUACUGAGCACUGAUGCUAUAAAACUCGUUAUCUCACUGGCACUUUUCUUCACCAUUGCUGUUCCUCUGAUACACAUGAAUUUAUUUAUUUAUUUUUAUUGGAUAGAGAAUAUCUAUUUUCCAGGUUGGUGGAGAUUACCCUGUAAGAGGUCCUGAGAUGAAUAACCACAAUAAAAUUAUUCUGAUAGAGUAGAUUGCUGUGUCUGCCUUACCCAUGGUAAAAGCAUACUCAGAAAAGGUACCCAGCUUGCAUUGAAACACUUCCUGUAGUUUGGUUCUUGUAAUACUUUCUCAAUAUUUUGGGGAGAGAAAUAGAUUCCUACAAUAUCCUUCAUUUGUUUUGUUUUGUUUUGUUUUGUUUGUUUUUCUUGGCCAUAUCACAAGCUCUGUGAUUUCAAAUAAAUCUUUGAAGUGAGAAAAUGAAUAAAUCAGGAGUUCCCAUCAGUUGCCAUAUUUGAGAUGAAAGGGUAAAUUAAUAGACUGUAAAUUAUUUUAUUCUUUAGGGAUUUUCCUUCUGUUUAUGUGCAAUAAUGUGUGUGAACUCUGCUACUAAGAGAUUGUAUUGUGACUAACCAUAUCUACUUUUAUUCCUAUUUAAAGGAUAGUUUGUAGACCUAGGGGUUUUCAUUGAUGUAAAGCACAAUUUAAUGAAUUAUUUAAUGUGUUUAACCAUUGUGGUGUCAAAAGCAAUUGUUUUCAUAUAUUUAUUUGUUGGUGGUUUUCUGUAAAUUGAUACUCAUUAAGAAAUCUGUUAAAAAUGAAGAAGUUUUGUUGAAUAUUGUUGGGUCCAUGAAUAACUUAUGAGCAACAAAUAAACAUUGAUUGCAUUUUUGAAACA